CUCUGCUAUUGGCUGCCACUAACACCCAGUUUACUCCGCCAUGUUUCGAGAGUCCGAAGUGCUUCGCAAGGAGAGACUCUUGAGUUUUAGCCGGGGAGUUGUUUGCCAGCGGCGCUGACAGGCAACUGUUUGGUAGCGCCAGGAAUUUGGCAACUAAAGAGGCGGGUCAGUGUGCGCAGGUGUGAGGGGAUGCUUGGAGUUGUUGCACUGUGACAGGGUUAGACGAGCUGGUACUUAUUAACCCUCUCGUAUCCGCUGUCCAGUGACGCCUCCUGUAUCUCCUCCCUCUCGGCUCCGUAAUGUUCGUCCUCCGAUUCCGUGUUACACCGGGGGGUGGGGAUAUCGGCUGGAGUUACGGCCGGGAGUAGCUGAUCGGGCUCAGUGGAGAAGCCGAGCUAAAAGGAAGUGUGUGUAUCAGUAUUGCAGGUAAAGAGCACUUUCUAUGUUGAAACAGUGCUGCUAUAACAGCAGAGCUGUCUUGACUGGUUGCUGAUGAACAGUUUGUACUUAAAAAAACCUGUACUGGAGUAGCUGAAUAUCAUGCCAAGCAAGAUGGGGUCAAAAAUGGAUUUAUCAAAGGACAUUAAAAUUAAGGCACACUAUAAAGGAGACAUUCUGAUCACUCGAUUGGGAUCAUAUUUGAAUUAUGAGCAACUAUGUGACGAAGUGAGAGAAAUGUGCUACUUAAACCAGAGGCAGCCCAUCACAUUGAAAUGGAUUGAUGAUGAAGGGGAUCCAUGUACUAUUUCUUCCCAAAUGGAGCUGGAGGAAGCCUUUCGUUUAUAUUCCAUUUACAAGGAAGAAGGCCUCAGCAUCCAUGUGUUUCCCAGUAUCCCAGAGAAGCCAGGCAUGCCUUGCCCUGGAGAAGACAAAUCAAUCUACCGUCGAGGGGCCAGAAGAUGGAGGAAACUGUACCGAGUGAAUGGACAUCUCUUUCAAGCCAAACGCUUUAACAGAAAAGCCUACUGUGGCCAGUGCAGUGAAAGGAUAUGGGGUCUUGGAAGGCAAGGCUACAAGUGUAUCAACUGCAAACUACUUGUCCAUAAACGCUGUCAUAUAUUAGUCCCACUGACCUGUAAAAAGCAUAUGGAUUUGGUCAUGCCUUUCCAGGAACCGCAAGUAGAUGACAAAAGUGAUGAAGUUGAUCCUCCCUCUGAAGAAAUUGAUGAAAUUUCCAUUAUUGCUCCAAGAAAACAUGAGAAUCGUAAGGAUGGAUCUGAGGACCUUAAACCAGUCAUUGAUGGAAUGGAUGGGAUUAAAAUCUCCCAAGGAUUAGGACUUCAAGACUUUGAACUUAUACGGGUGAUUGGAAGAGGAAGCUAUGCCAAAGUACUUCUGGUGCGCUUAAAAAAGAAUGACCAGACCUAUGCUAUGAAAGUAGUGAAGAAAGAACUUGUACACGAUGACGAGGAUAUUGACUGGGUGCAGACGGAGAAGCAUGUAUUUGAGCAAGCAUCCAGUAACCCAUUUUUAGUAGGCCUGCACUCCUGCUUUCAGACGCCAAGCCGGCUGUUUUUGGUUAUAGAAUAUGUGAACGGGGGUGACCUCAUGUUUCAUAUGCAACGACAAAGAAAACUUCCCGAGGAGCACGCCAGGUUUUAUGCUGCUGAGAUCUGUAUUGCUUUGAAUUUCCUGCAUGAAAGGGGAAUCAUCUACAGAGAUCUAAAGUUAGACAAUGUUCUCCUAGAUGCUGAUGGUCAUAUCAAGCUAACAGAUUAUGGCAUGUGUAAGGAGGGGCUAGGACCAGGAGACACUACUAGCACUUUCUGUGGCACUCCAAAUUACAUUGCUCCCGAGAUCCUCCGGGGAGAAGAAUACGGGUUCAGUGUUGAUUGGUGGGCUCUGGGGGUGCUCAUGUUUGAGAUGAUGGCUGGAAGGUCUCCUUUUGACAUAAUUACAGACAAUCCAGAUAUGAACACAGAAGAUUAUCUUUUCCAAGUUAUUCUUGAAAAGCCAAUUCGGAUUCCAAGGUUCCUCUCUGUGAAAGCUUCCCAUGUCUUAAAAGGAUUUUUAAACAAGGAUCCGAAAGAAAGACUUGGGUGCCAGCUUCAAACUGGAUUCUCUGAUAUUAAGUCACAUACCUUUUUCCGCAGCAUAGAUUGGGAUAUGUUGGAGAAGAAGCAAGUCGUCCCUCCAUUCAAACCUCAGAUAACUGAUGAUUAUGGGCUGGAAAACUUUGAUACUCAGUUUACCAGUGAGCCCGUGCAGCUCACACCCGACGAUGAAGAAACAAUAAAACGAAUAGACCAAUCUGAGUUUGAAGGUUUCGAAUACAUUAACCCAUUGUUGAUUUCUUCAGAGGAGACUGUAUGAAGGACUGGAAUCUCUCUAUGGACAAAUAAUACGAUUGAUCCCGAACUUGUAUCCUUAACUACAGUAUAUGCAUGCAAGGCUGGAAAACUAAUGCAGGGUUGUGAAUAAAAGGCCAGUUCUACAAGAUUUGCUGCUGCUGCCGCUGCUGCUGAAAUUCCCUAUUGAAGGAGAAGUGUCUCUGGGCUGUAGCUGCAACCCUUUUCCAACACAGAUAUCUCUGGCUACGUUACACACUAGAUUCGUAUUCUUGUGCCUGCCUCAUGAAGGUUCCACAGUAUCUGCCAAUUAAAUGUAGCCGUGAGGUUGUGUGUAGAGGAACUCUUCAUUUUAGGCAAUCAGAUAAGCAAAUUGCUUCCUCUAGUGCAUUAAACCAGUGUGCUCCAGUCAGUGGAACCAGAUGGAAAAUCAGGGCAAGAAACCUGGAACUAUGGACUGAAAGCCUUCUCCUGCUGUCCCUAGUAUGGCACUUGUACAUCUGACAUAUUUCCAUUUGGCAGAACGGGACACUUGGGGGGAAAUUCUAAGAUUUAUGCAGUAUAUAGACUUAUGAGGGAACUCCAUAGAAAAUAUUUGCACUGGAGAAGGUCCCAAGUAGAGAAUAUAUGUGGAGCAAGUCAAUAAUUAUUGGAAAGCUAGAGUCUAAAUCAGCAAUAUUGCACUUAAAAAGUUGAUUGUCACUAAUUGGGUUCAGCAAAGGCAAUAAGCAACCAAAACAAGUUGUUGGGAGGAGAAAACCAAUUUGCACAUGAAAUGGCUUUUUUGGAAAAUCAAGAUUGCGACGUGCCUAACUCUUAGUUUGUAGCGUGUGACAUUGCGCUGGUUGUCAUCAGCCGCCACUCAGUGUUUCAUGCAAACAAUAUUCAGCCAUAGAAACCCAACAUUACCAACAAUGCAUCUGGAAUUCUAUAUCCCGCUGAGCACACAUCCUCUUCUACAUAUUCGUUUUUCACUCUCUAGGUCACGGAUAUGUGACGCCCCAGUAUUUCCAUAGUAUAAGCACCAUUCAGAAUGCGGGGGAAGCUGCAGAACAGUAAUGGGAGUGGUUUCCUGUUCACCCCCACCCCCCUUCCUUUUGUUGUAUCUGAGGGGGUGGGACUGUGAAUAUACGAUCACUUUGAGCCAUUUUGCUCAUGACACGGAUGUAAGAUACUUUAUUUACUAAUCUAGUCCAUUCUAUGCAGCUUCUAGUUUACAGGUUGUCCAAGAUCCAUGUAUCCCUUCACUUGAGCUCUAUAUCUUAACCUAAUUUAUAUAUAAAUAAUAUUUAUUAUUUUCCAUGCCUUGGCAGACAGGAACAGUGCAAUGAAACGUGUAUGGGAAGGGCUGCAUGGCUAAGUGAUGCCUGAAAGUAAAUGAGGGAAACCCACAGCACCUAUGUUACGCCAACGUCAAACACAUCUUAACAACUUUAUGUAGUGUUAGAGGCACAUUUAUUAAUAUUUGUGGGCAAAUAUGGAUAUUCUAUGGGCAACUGCAUUUUAUUAAUGAAAGCUUCUUCAGUUGACACAUCCCCAAGUAUUCACAAAUUCUGAGAUAAAAAAAACUCAUAAUGAUGAGGUUCAAAAUGAAGUUUCAACCCAUUGGCUCACACCUACCGCCAUGCCAUAGAAAUCAGCAGGAAAGUGGCUAUUCAAAAUUUUAUCAAGAUUUGUAAGUGUUUUCCUCAUAAAUCAAGGUCUUCUGAGUCCUCAAAUGCAUGAAAAGCAGUGAGUCAUGAGAAUGACCCUCAGUACUUCUUGUGAUCAUGAUUAAGUUCAGAUUUAAGGAAAAUUGUGAUUGCAACGGAGAUUAAUCACGAUUAUGCCCAUACGCCGCCAUUUUUAAUAAAUGUGCCCCUUAUAUUUCAGUCAUUUUCAUUCAUGAUUCUCCCUUCAGCAUUACUGUUCAAGUAUUUUGUCACAUUGGCAUCUUCUACUCAUGGGUAUCACGUGCCCAAUGCUAGGGUUUCCACGUGGGCAAGAUCUGGAGUGUAGGAUAAAGCCCACAGAGGCACAUGACAAGGACAGACUGUAGAAUAUGGCAUCAAAAAUGCAUUGCACUUUAUAGACCCUGGGAUUCCUUUGUAGUAAUUGCUUAAAUGUUGUUUUACUAUUAUAACAAGAUAGGUUUAGGGUAAGGGUGGAUUUGGUUCUACCCCAUAUCUCAUUACAAAGCUCAUUUAAGUCUCUGAAUUCAUAUCAUCCAGGAUUGGCACCAUGAGAGAUUUCUAUUGCGAGACCAAACUCUAUUGCAUCAGGGAGGUAACUGUACAGAGAGGGCACUGGAGCCCGGCAGGGCGCGCAGGGAGAAUGAAUAAUGUGUAUAUCUGCUCAUAGUUUAACAAAGACUUGAUUUUCUACAUUUACGGCAUUACAAACGGUCCUGUGUUGCCAAAUGGUUCUGUUGCUCAUAUGCAAGUGUAUCGGGAAACGUUCUGUUCACCAUGAAGGGGAAAUUUUUUUUUAUAUAAAAGUAUUUGUUUUAUAAAGUGAAGAAAAUGAAGGCUGUAAUUAAUUGUGUGGUUUGGGGCAGAAGGGGGUUAAUAUAUGAACACUUUGGCUUUGGAUCUUAUUUCCUUGUCUUAUUAUUAUUUGGAAUAGUAAAUGAACCUUCUAGCGAAAUGAAUGAUUGUAAAACAGUAAAAUAUGUUCUUGUAGUUUUGUAACUUUCCGAUCUCGCUGACCAAGUUAAUUGUGCAGAGGAUGGUCCUACUAAUCCAUAACAAUUGAGAUCAUUUAUAUUCUUGCACAUUAAAGACUUUACCAAAAAACAAA